AUGUACAAGAACCAGCUGCAGGAACUGGCGCAGCGUAGCUGCUUCAAUCUGCCUUCAUACACCUGCAUAAGAGAAGGCCCCGACCAUGCGCCGCGCUUCAAGGCCACCGUCAACUUCAACGGGGAGACGUUCGAGAGCACCGGAUUCUUCACGACUCUAAGGCAGGCGGAGCACUCCGCUGCCGAGGUCGCCCUCAGCGCCCUCUCCACCCGUGGCCCCUCCCACUCCCUUACCGCGCGCAUCCUGGUACGUAUCUGUAUGGCUGCUCUCCUGUCUGUCUGUGUUAUUAGUUUAUCCGCGCCUUGGGGUAGAACAUCACCACGCACCACAGCAUCACGGCAUCACGGCCUCAGGGCUAAUGUCAACCUCGCCUCUGUUGGUGAUGUCAAGAUGAAGCCAUCAAGCUAGGGAAAUUUUGGGCUCAGGGUAGUAAUGGAUUCAACUCCUAGGCCUGCGCGGUGAUCUCCUCCAUAUGAUGCAAUGAAGUGCUAUCAUUUAGGUUAGUAAAAACGGUCGAUAGGGAUUGUAGGAUCCUGUGAGGGUAGAAAAACCACCUUUCUCCUUUUGCUUAGGUUCAUGUUGCUUCAGUCAGUAACAAGAUACCGCUGCAUUUUUUCUCUAGUUUGGAAAGUCUUCCAUAUCUAUUCUUCCUUUUUGGAUCCACCUAUCUUGUGCUUCUGAUCCAGCUAUGCUGGCGUUUACGGUAACUUUGAACCACGUAGUUGAACUCUUCCGAUUCUGCCCUUUCUUCGUCCUCUUGCCUACGUCUCUGCCCUUCAAGUAAAGGAAGAACGUUUUUAUUCAUCCAUCAACGAUUUUAAGUAAGAAAGAACGCUGUAUUAAAACGUGGUUUUUAGGUUUCCCAAUGGAAAAAUGUCUGAGUUGACAAGUGAAGAUCUCUCAUUUUCUGAAUCCCGUUUUAUCUUGAACUGUCUGAACGACUGAUGGUGUCUGUCUGAACGACUGAUAAUUAGUCAACUUGGGUGACGAGUCUUUUUUUCCGCCAAAUAGUUAUGUCACUUAAUGUGAAAGCAGUCGGAACGUGGAUUUCUGCCGUGUGUUAGCUUGUCUGUCACUGGUAAAGAUAAAUCACGGGUAACUCCGUGCUUAUGACGUAAGACCAGUGAUGACAUUUGGAUGGUUGUAAGUUUGUAGAAAGUUUUUUCUGCUGGCCAGCUCACCAGGGCUAUCUCGAUAGAGGAGAUGGAAGAGACGUGGCAUUAAUCGUCGGUAUCCUUAUUGACGACGGAUUUAAUUGGUAGUUGCGUGGUUGAUUACUGAUACAGAGUGGGAACUUUACUGGCUUCUUUCCUUGGAUCGUUGAUUUAUUUAUUUUUUGUCCAUGAGAAGGUAUUUAUUCAGUCAAUCUGUGGGAACGUUUGUUGCCCUACGCCACUGUUUCCUCGUUGUCAGAUCACUGGUAGUUCUUUUCUUCUUUUUUUUCUCUCUUUUUUCCUCGGGGGGUGGAAGCCGAAGCCGGUGAGUUCGAAAGAUCAAAAAACCUUCUGCUGGGCAACAGAACGAAUGAUGACGUUAUGUGGCUUUGCCCCGUCUGCCCUCCCGGUUUCUCCGUCUUCGUCGUGAUUGUUUUUCCUCCUCCCGCAGUACCCAUGGCUUUCCUCUUGUCUUCCGCAUCGUGCUACCCGUGAUUACUUCCGAAUAUUGUGGAUACCCCUUAUAUCCUUCUCCGUGCUGUGGGAUUUAAUGCGCCAGUCGCAUUGUGGUACGACUCCAGAGUUGAGAGUUGAGGUGGUCUAGUUCGUAACCCGAUGCAAGGGCUUUUUUGGAGAUCCUAAUCUCUGUGAUUUGACUGCUUUCUGACGGUGUGUUAUUGGGUUUGGUGUGGGGUCCAAACACUCUUAGAAGGGAGGGAGUGAGGGAAGGUGUUUCCCCAGUUUCUUCUACGCUCGCCGGUUUCUUUCCUUCCACUUCUGCUCGGGCGGCACAUGGCGCUGCGCCGAGAAAGAUCCGCGCCGGUCGGCGUGGCUGCUUCGUUUUCAUGGCCCUCGCCCCCGACCCCUUCAUUCUUCUGUCCCGUCUUCCUGAUUUCGGGUGUCCCACGUGGUAACGUGAAACCGCUCCGGUGUAAUUAAUGCAUGGGUGCAUUAAAUUUUUAUUUAUUGUUAUGGUUGAGGGUUGUUUGUUCGUACAGCCGCGAUCACUCCCCUGUUCUACCGCGGCCCCCGAGAGGAGGGCCUGUUCUUUAAUCACCCACAUAAAUUAAUGUCGAGAGAUGGGGGGGAAGGGGACCUUUAUGGCUUCUGCGUGUCUUCGGCAGUCGGCUUUAUCGUUCCUUCUGAGGCGUACGUCUCUCCCUCGGCCACCUCUCUCUUUGUUUUCUUUUUCCUUUUUCUGUCUCCUCCUUCCUCUUCAUUCGCCUGCUACGAUCGGCGUGGUCUAGAGGGCCCGCGUUCUGUGCUAGAAGGUGCUGGCUGAAGCUGAGUGAGAGCACACUGGAGGAGCGUGUCGGGGCCCCGACGCUCAAGUAGUCGAAGAUAAUAAUGGUCGUUAGCCCUCGCCAGAUCCUGAAGAUAAGAUUGAUUGGCUCUGCGCGGGCUCAAAAUUAUGAGUUUCCCUUUGAGGGUUGGACCUCGACAAGCGACCCAGGUUGAUCUCUGGUUCAUCUCACUGCAUCUGGCGGCCCGCCUCGCCGAAAAUGGCCCAGUCUUUCACUCGCACACAAUAAAAUAGCUCCUUUUUUGUGUAUUUUCCCACAGAGAACAUGAGGUUCUCCGGGGGUGGAAUUGCGGCCGGCAAAAGGUAUCUUGGAGUUUUCUUGUUGUGAUGGUUGUAUCUGUGAUUGAGGGGAGAAUGCCCUCUCCUGUUUUCUGAGUUCUGUCCCUAGUUCUCACAUCUCUCAUUUCCUUAUUUUCUGUUGUCCUGUUGUACAGACCCAAUCCAAUGCACUCGUCUUUUCGGCGUGAGACUAACCCAGUUUUUGAACAGGAUGAGACGGGAGUUUACAAGAAUCUACUGCAGGAAAUUGCUCAGAGAGUGGGAGCUCCGUUACCCUCCUACACAACCACGCGCUCAGGGCUUGGGCACCCGCCGGUGUUUACUGGGACCGUUGAGCUUGCUGGGAUUAUCUUCACAGGGGAACCCGCGAAGAACAAAAAGCAGGCAGAAAAGAACUCCGCAAUGGCGGCCUGGUCGUCCCUAAAGCAACGUGAGUUUUCCUCGGCUCAUAGAGUCUCCUGGGGUUGUUUUUUGGAGGAUUCUGCUUUUGGUAAAUAUCCUGCUCAAUGUUUGUGAUCCCAAAAUGUCACCGUCCAGUUUAUAUGUUUGACCCAGCGGUGUCUCCUCAUGCUUCUCAUCUGACCUUCGUUUUCUAUCUUUGUACUUUUCCUUGCAGUUUCUAAUUCCGAAAUCUAGCGACAUAAAAUUAAUACAUGUAGAUUACCGUGAGAAUCCAUAGCUAUUAAUUUCUCUGUAGCUGCCGCGAACUCACGUUUAGUACCUCUGCUGCAGUGGCACAACAGGCAGCAAGCUCGUCAUCAGCACCUGAGAACAACGACGAGCAGGAGCAAGUCACAUUAGCGCGGGCUCUGCUGAGCUACCGUAGGAAGGAAAAGAUGGCCAUGGCAGACGACCCUGAUGCCACUCCAUUCCCAAAGCUGUUCCCCUUCAAACCGGACAAGAGACCCGCCGUGCGGCCACCUCCUUUCUCUGGAUCGAAGAUUCUGCCCUUCAUACAGCAGAGGUCGACGACUCGUGCCAGGCCCACCUCGUUGUCACCGAUCGAGGCUCCCCUGCCACCGUCACUCCACCUGCCGGCGGAGAACGGUGGCUUCCAAUUGCCCAAGUUCCCAGCUGCUGGAGCAGCGCCUUAUGUGCCCAUCCGGCACUGCCGACCUUUUGUGGGCGGGAUGGUGCCGCCAGUCACUAUCAGAACGGCUGUGCCGGUCUUCUCUGCUCCGUCUCUCCCGCUGCCGACGAGCAACACUAUGAACUAUCAUCAGCCGCAACCGCAGCAGCAGCCGCAGCCGCAGCAGCAUCAGUGGCAGCAGCACCACCAGCAUCCUCUGCCGGUGAAGUGUUCGACCAGGCAUGUGGCCCCCUCGGUGCACCUGAGGCAGUCGGUGCCGGUCUCUGCCGUGGUGGCUCCUCAAGUUGCUUUCAUGCCGGUUCAAGUGAAGGAAGGCCUGAAGCCGGCACCGCCGGCGUACAUGGCGCCCUCCCCUGCGGCGGCUAUGUUGGCGUCUCCGUCUCAGGCCGUGCAUGUGGCGGAGGAAACCCGAUGCCCCGAGAAGCCACCCGUCGGCAGAGAAGAGAUCCCGCUCCUUUGGAAGUGGCCAUCGGCUCAGAUACCGGAGAGGCCGCCAAUCCCCCCGAAGCCGUCCGCGGUGGCCGCGCCGCCAGCUCUGCCGCCGGCAUUGUUUCAGGAAGAGGAGCCUUCUGCGCAGACGGAAGAAGAGGCCAACAUGACCCCCCUUUCUCCUCCUCUGCCUCCACCUCCUACUACUACCCAGAAGAUCGGACCCCCGACAGUAGACACUGCUGGAGACGGUCUGGCAGAGGAUGCAGCAGCAGCGGUGGCGGAGAGCUUCAAGCAGCUCGAGCUCUGA